AUGUCAGCGGGUGAGGACGGCAGUGGAGGGAAUGGAGAGCAACAGCGACCAUCGAGUCGCAGCGCAGGUCAUGCAGGAGGAAACAGCAGCAGCAGCAGCAUUGGCAGUACAGCGUGGACAGAGGUACCUAUCACCGUCAAGGUGCUGUCGCCGAGCAAUACUUCAGACGCAUCGACCAUCCAACAAGACUAUUUCAUGACGCAUACCUUCGCUCCUUCCGCCGACCAUGGCCAGACGACGACGAAUACAACGCCUACCUCAAGCGCGAAGACGGGUGCCAGCGAGGCAACUGCUGCUGGCAAGAUGCAGGUGCCGGAUGUGGGAUCCUUCCUGCAUGCGACUGAGCAACGGCCAGUAGCGCACAGCCAACUGUCAAGCAUGAGCACCGAGAGCAAUGCCACCAUUCGUGCAAGCCACACCAACGGGACUGUAAGCGUACCGCUGACCAGCGCAAUACUAUCACCAACGACACCAGGCCGACCCGCCUUCCCCAAUCAGUCUUACGCUGCCUUGCAAAGUCAGAAGUAUCCUGUACGGAGACAUCCUGCUCCAGUACUUCGACAAAGAAGCUCUCAUCCUGGCCAGAUAUACACGUUUACAUCCGCGCUGGCUUCGUCACAUCAGGGCGGCUCGCGCACUGCUGGCAACUCGCCAGCUGUGACACCGGGUGUUGGCCUCUUCCAGCCCAAUACGGCGCCGCCGACCGAGGACUACGAUUCUCCGGACACGCCUGGCACUUAUGCCAGUCCCUUUCUGCAUUUCACACAGCGGCAGGCGCCGAAAGAGACCCAUGUCGCGGAUAUCGAUGUUGAUCCGGUGUCAGGUCGUAAGCUGAUCAACCACUACGAGGUCGUUGAUGAGAUAGGUCGUGGCGCGCAUGGUAAGGUCAAGCUGGGCCGCGACCUCCACUCUGCCGAAGGGACAUAUGUUGCCAUCAAGAUUGUGGAGCGCUACUCGCGCCGGCGGAAGUUGGGCAAGCUGGUGUCGGCUGCCGAAGACAAAGUGAAGAAGGAGGUUGCUAUUCUCAAGAAAGUACGACAUCCUAAUAUUGUCGCAUUGCUAGAGGUCAUCGACGAUCCGAGCAGGAAGAAGGUUUACAUUGUGCUGGAGUACGUGGAACGUGGCGAAAUCAAGUGGCGGACCACCGCUCCGCGUGAGAUCGCGGUCGUGGAAGCACGGCGAUAUGAACGUGAGCGUACGGAGAAGCAGAGUGCGCAAGCUGUUGCUGAAGGAGAGGCGAUCACUGCUGAAGCGCAACGACGCCUCGCCAAGGAGAAGAGGCGACAGAGACGCGAACAGCGUGGCUGGCUACGGCGCAUGCAUGAGGAGCAACCUGACAACCAGAACUACUUCAGUAACGAGAUGGGUGAUGACAUGAGCGACCAAUCCGAGGAAGAUCGUCUAUCGCGGGUGUCUACAAGUACGACAAUCGAUUCCAGGAAUGCCAGCAGGUUGUUCUCUGAUGCACGACGCGGCUCGCGAGCUGUAUCGCCUCUACCGCCGCACAGUGAAGUGCCAUCACCGACGGACGCGUCAGGCACGCAUCUGAGCCCGAUCACUGCGGAGUCACGCACCACAUCGCCGACGGCGAUGCAGCUCCCUGAGGGUGUCAGCCUGUUCCAUACAAGGCUCGAAGGCACCAUGUACGGACCGUAUGAUAUGAGCUCGGCUGGAUCCUCACGUGUGAACAGUGUUGCUAACAGUGAGAUCGACCUCACACAGCUCGCCCACGAAAUUCUCGACAGCGAACUACACCCCGAGCUGAUGUACGUCCCUGUCAUGACUAUGCAGGAGUGUCGUGUCGCAUUCAGAGACACGCUGCUUGGUCUGCGAUACCUCCACUUCCAAGGAAUAGUCCACCGCGACAUCAAGCCACCGAAUCUGCUGGAGACCAUCGAUCACCGAGUGAAGAUAUCCGACUUUGGCGUCUCUUAUCUCGGCCGACCACGAGUCGAGGACGAGCCCAGCGAAGAUGUUAGUGAGCACGAAGCGCAAGACUUUGACGAGGCCAAGGAACUAGCCAAGACCGUUGGCACUCCGGCUUUCUACGCUCCAGAAUUGUGCACGGUCGAUCCGGGUGAUGAACCGAUGCCGGUGACCAAGGCGAUCGAUGUUUGGGCGCUCGGUAUCACACUUUUCUGCAUGCUCUUCGCCCGCACACCGUUCGUUGAUGCCGAGUAUGUGGUCAUGCGGCAGAUAGCUGACGAGGAGAUCUACGUGCCACGCGAGCGACUACGACCUGUCAACGAAAAGCCAACGAGCCGGCCGUCAUCGCAUGGCCGGACAUUUACUCCACAAUUCACGAGCAAGCGCCAUGAGUUAGAUCUUUUAUACGAAGAGAUCGAUGAUGAUCUUCACGACCUGCUACACAGACUGCUGACCAAAGACCCGAGAGAUCGCAUCACAUUGGAGGAAGUACGACAUCACCCAUGGGUGCUCGCUGACCUUCCGAACAAAGGGAGGUGGCUCGAGGAAACCGAUCAGGGCCGACAGAGCCAUGGCAAGAAGAUCGAGGUUUCCAACGAGGACGUCAAAACUGCCGUCAUACCGUUGCAGUUUCUGGAUCGUGUCAGGUCUGGCAUCAAGAAAGUGACUGAUAGGCUUGGACUCAGUAGCGCCAGCAGCAGUAAGCCUUCUAGCAGAGGUCGUGCGCAAUCCAGUGCUGGCAACAAUAGCGACGGUAGCCACGCCGCUUCGCCGGUUGCGUCGGCUUCAUCAUCGAGUAGUACUCUUAACUACGAUGGUCGACGCUCGAGUUUAAGAGGAGACGAAAGCAUCCUUCCGGCGCUGAAAGCAUCACGGCAUGGCGAGCACCCAUUAUCUAGGAGUGUGGCUGCCAGUCCCGAGGAGGAUCGCAAUUCGUACUUCCUGGAUACGACAUUGGCGGAUGCUGAGCUUGCCAAUCAUGUGCCGGAAUUGACGAAGCAGCCCUCGCCGCCUCGUCCUAAUAUGCCGGAGCGGUCGAGGACGAUCAUGUCUACUACCACAUCGAUCAAGACCAUCAAACAGUCGGACAUUGGCCGAGGACGCGAGUCGCCUCCACCAUCUCCCGGUCUGCCUGGUACGCCGAUAGCACUCGAAUCUCCAGGAGGUUCAGGAUUGCAGGCGAUCCUCGGCAGUGGCGCAGCUCGUCGUGCUUUCAAGGCGCUCAGAGAGCGAAGUAUGCCAAGGACUACAGAAGGCAGAGCGCCAUCACUCGACAGACAGUCAGUAGAAUCAUAUGAUGCGCAUGGCGAGCCCACCAUCGCGCUCAGCCCGACUAGCGCUGAAGGUCACGUCAACCUACCAGCAUCACUGCAAGAUCGUAGUAGGCCGAGCAGUAUACAGAACAGUCCAGUGCCUUCGAGGGCACACUCGGUAGUGGCUUCGCCUACAGAUGUGCACGGUCGCGCUGGCGCUUUCAGUCGGACAGCCUCUUCACGCUCAAUACAAUCAGUCUGUGUCGCCGAAGUCGUCAGACAAAACUCAUCAGGACAACCACGAGCUAUCUCAGGAUCCAGCGCUGAGGACUGGCAGCGCGCUGAUGAUGAACGCAUCAGGAAACUGAUCCGCGAAGGUCAAGAUGCCGAGGAGCGGCCUACUGCUAUCUUUGAUGAUCGCACUUGCCCACCCAGCCCGGAUGAUAACGCUAUGCGACGCCGGCCAUCACGACAGAUCGACACUGUCAUGGAGACUUCUGAGCCCACCCUGUACCAUGGCACGAGUCCACGAGAUCGAAUCGCUCAGCUACCGCCCGCGAUGGUGUCAAGCUCCUCGGACUUUGGAUCCGCUGUAUCCAUGUCGAUCUCGAAUCCAUCAAUACCGUCUGUCAUCUCCGAAGCAUCAUCCUUCGACCAUGGCGAUAGUAUGCCCCUGCAUUACCAUGACGACAAACGCAACGACUCUUCGGAUGGCACAAUCAAUCCUCCGAAUGCACUGCGACAGGACCACGUAGACGAUGGCUAUACACCAGAGGAAGAAGAGACAGCUUUGAGCAGCGACAAUGAGGACGACUACGCCUCAUCUUCCGACAGCGACGGCGGUCUCGUGAUGCGCAGACGAAGAAGCAAAACUGCCACUAACGGCGGCAGCACGACCGCCAACAGUAACUCGCUGGGUCCGAAAGCAAGGCGCAGCACAGGACUAUCAGCCCAUUCGAAAAAGUCGAGUCGAAGCGGUAGUAACACUACCAUGAAGAAAGUCCGAACGAGGGACAGCGAGGACGAAAGAAAACGAGCUUCUUUCGAGUUGCGGGAGGAGUGA